CGGACCCGCACACAUGGGCUAUCAGCUGCACAGAAGCUCAUCCUUUUCAAAAUGACGUCUACGGAAGGCUGUGAUUAUCUGGAUAAUUUGCAAAUCACACUUGGAGAGAUGUUGGACUAUAACCUCUCCAAGCCAUUGCGCGAAGGAAAUAUCACCAAGAAUUCCAGCUGUGGAUCUGUAUCAGUUGGUUUUCCCAUAACCAUGAUGAUCACUGGCAUGGUGGGCAACUCAUUAGCUCUUAUGCUGGUGUAUAUAUCUUACAAAAAGAAGGAAAACAAAAGGAAAAAGUCUUUCUUGCUCUGCAUUGGAUCUUUGGCGUUAACCGACCUGUUUGGACAGCUUUUGACGAGUCCAAUAGUGAUAUCAGUCUACCGGGCGGAUCUGAACUGGGAGCGCAUCGACUCAUCGGGGAAAUUGUGCGCUUUUUUCGGUGUGUGCAUGACCACUUUCGGCCUGUGCUCUCUGUUCUUGGCCAGCACCAUGGCAAUUGAAAGGGCUCUGGCGAUAACAAACCCCCACUGGUACUCCAAUCACAUGAAGACAAGUGUGACAAAGCAGACUUUGGCAGUCACCUGGUGUCUGGUGUUGCUCUUUGCGCUGCUGCCCACCGCAGGGGUCGGUGAAUACACCCGCCAGUGGCCGGGCACCUGGUGCUUCAUCAGCACGGGCGACAGGAAAGUCCCGGGCAAUAUGUAUUUCGCCGUCAUUUUCGCCGGGCUCGGGAUUUUCUCCCUCCUUGUCACGCUGUUCUGCAAUGUAGUGACCAUCCGGGGCCUGAUCGUCCGGUGCAAAACAAAGUCCGGCGCGUCUCAGUCGUCAAAGCAGUGGGAGCGGCUGACCACGGAGACCGUCAUUCAGCUGCUGGGCAUCAUGUGCGUCCUGCUUGUGUGCUGGUCUCCCCUGCUGGUGCUCAUGCUGAGGAUGGUUUCCAACCAGGUAUCCUCACACGACUGCAGUUUAACCGCAUUGCCCUCCAAUCGCACCUCAGGCCCGGAUGUCCAGUUGGACUGCGACUUUUUUCUCACAGCGAUCCGCUUGGCCUCCCUCAACCAGAUCCUUGACCCGUGGGUUUAUCUGCUCCUCAGGGAGAUCCUCCUCCGCAAGUUCUGCAUCGUGGCUAAUGCAGUGUCCAACUGCUCCAUCGAGGAAGAGAAAGGGACCCAGACCGUCCUGGGUGUCCUUAAUGAGCAGAAGCAAGGCGACAUCAACCCUCAGAAAACAGGUUAAGUCAAACCUGACAGGGGAUCGCUAUCUUCUUCCAGAACGACGGGAGAGAAGGUUAAAGUCUUAAUGAGAAGCGGCCACCUCUGCUCGGAGUGGCUUUAUUUUUUGCUGAAAACUAAUUCCAUUUAGAGUCACUUA